CGUUGAAUUUAACGGUCGGUUUGGCAGUGAAAGUGGCAGAAACGUUGAAGUCUAUUGUCUCAGAACAGCACAGAGAAGUGUCCAGUACGUUGUCAUAAAAACAUCAUAAUAAAGUCAAAUAAAAAGUGAACUCGUAUAACAAGUAAUAACAUUCGAUAAAGUGCCGCUAACUAAAGAAGUGAUUGAGUAAAUUCGUUAAAAAAAUAUUAAAAACUUAAGAAAACAACAGAAGUUCAUUUAUCUACUAACAGGCAGUUGCCACGGAGUCUCAUCGUCUUCAAGCAGCUGCGCACUUCCGGCAACAACAGCUGGAUGCACACCAACAAUUAGCUGAAAGCCAACACGAGAGCAAAUAUUGUUGCCGCAUUAAAUUCAAUUCCGUGGAUUAUAAUCAGUGUAAAGUGAAGGACUGUGGCCAAAUGGACGCCGCCCAAACAAACGAAAAACAAUUAAAAGCCGGAAAUUAAGUUGUAAACUGAAAGCGAACGAGCAACAAAAAAUGUGAAAAUCCGAAAAGUGCAAAUCAAAAGCGAAUUUCAGUGCAGCCCAACGACGCUCGGAUCGAGAGUCAAACACAAAUUUUGAAAUUUUCUGGCCGCUUAUUAGGGGCCAACAACUCGAGUGGCGGCAGCCGCUGUGGCUGAUGAGCGUACCCGCCGAACAUUCAAAGCGAUUUGUUCCCACAGCGCGCAUUAAUAAUUCGCAUAUUCCCCAAUCGCUAACUGUAAACAGUCUCUGUGCCCCGGCCGACAAGCGGCGCAGCGUGUGAAGUUGAAGUGUUUAUUGAAUGAGCCGCAAAUGUUGCCUGUCUGCGAGUGAAAGAUACUGCCCGACCCCGAUCAUGUUGCUGCGCCAAAUGCCCAACGGCCUGUCAGCCACUGCACGCAAAAUGACAGAGCGGCCCGCAGACGCAAUCAUAGGACACGGAAUUAGACAGUCGCGAAAGCGACGUCAGAGCGGAUGGACCGCCCAGGCUAGAAACGGUUUGAUCUGGCAUGCAAUUGUCUUGAUCCUCACUCUCUCGACCAUGGAGCUGGUUGAGUGUGCGCUGAGAAAUGUCAAUUUAAUCAUUGAACCACCGGCGGUGCGUCAGGGCCAGCAUGUUGUGCUACGUUGCAUGUACGAUCUGGAGGGGGCACCACUCUACUCGGCCAAGUUCUAUCGCGGUCAAUUGGAGUUUUACCGCUAUACGCCCGGCGAGUUUCCCAAUACAAAGGUGUUUCCAUUUCCUGGAAUCCACGUCGAUGUAACAAGCUCAAAUGCCACUCAAGUACUCAUACGCAACGUUGGCUUCGGCCUUUCUGGGAACUUUUCGUGUGAGGUGACCGCCGAUGCGCCGCUUUUCUCCACAGCCACUGCACUGGCCGUCCUGCAGGUUGUAGAACUGCCCGACAAACGUCCUCAAUUGUAUACGGAGCACACACGAUAUGAGCCCGGCGAUGUUCUGCGAGCCAACUGCAGCACGCCGCCGUCUCGUCCACGUGCCGAGUUAAAGUUCACAAUUAACAAUAUGGUGAUAACAAAUGCCGAGACCCAGUUUAUUCGCACAAUUGAUAAUCUGAUUGCAUCACGCAUCUCGCUCAAGCUGCAGCUGCAGGGCGUGCACUUCUCCAGCGUUAAUCCGGCAAUUUAUACCAGUCCAUACGGCGUGAACUCUGUGUAUGGCCAUGGCGGACCCAUGUAUUUGCCCAAUCCGGGCGGCUUGGUGCUGCGCUGCACCGCACAGAUUGGCGACCUCUAUCAGGAGUAUAAGGAAAUUGAAUUGGGCACCCCACAAAAGGAUCCGGUACCGGCACGUGUUACGCUCUCAUCCGGCUCGAGCGUGAAAAACUUCUUCACCACGUAUUUCUCCUCAUCGGCGGCAUCCCGACGCGUCGGCGGCGUCCAGUUGGCGCCCAUUACAAUGACGAUGAUAGCGCUUCUUAUCAGUGGCGGCGCCCUGGUUGGCCACAUGAUCCGCGAGCUCGUGGCACAGCUCAUUCGACUCGACGACCGCCCUGCUAUCGUGCAUUCCAAUUCCAGUGAGAGUCGUCUGUCCACGUCCACGCUGCCCCGCCUACAAGGCGCCACUGCAGCGGCUGGCCUGGCCAGCUCUGGGCUAAUUAACUUGGGCGCUAGCCAUGGGCAGCAGCUGGAGCUACUUGUGUGUGUUACAAAUUAG